GUUGCGGACACGAGCGAAAAACACAGACGGCCGCACGUUACCCCGCUGAACAACAAACGCACGCAGCAACCACCCUUGUCGUCGGACGAAAUCGAUUUCGGACAGCUGGACUUUGUGUUGUGCUCGGUGGUUGACAAUCGCGGGCACUCGAUCGUUGUUAUGCCGGCAAGAGGUGCACUCAAGUGCCUGUGAGGAGUUUUGAGCCCAGGACUUUAAUUUUCGCGGCUCGAAUGGUCCUGCUGCUGCAGCCCGUCGCCGCCUCACCAUGGGACGCCCAGUGCUGAAAAAGUCGUCCAAGCGCAGGCCGCCGGCGCCCAGAAAUGUGGCGCCCGUCCGAAAGACCACCCGCAGGACAAAUAAGAGUAAAUGCGACAUGCGGGACACGCCGGUGCUGGGCGCCACCCAGGGCACCCUGGCCGCAUCCACGGAGGCGCCCAACUCGUCGCCGGCGGCCGCCUCCACCACCUCCAGUGACCUGUCGUCUCCGGUGCUGCCGUCCGAUGCGUCGUCGCACCAGUCGCCGCUCAGACCUGCGAGGAGGACCAGGCUCUCCGAUUCUCUGCAGAAAACCCAAGAUACGUCCUCGCCAGACACGCGGAGCAGUACGUGCGCGGCGGACGUGAGUCAAGAUACUAGUCUGAACACCUCGGGGCCGCAGCUGGGCUCCAACAGCCCCCUUUCGUCGCCACCCGACUCGCUGAAGGCGUCCAGCUCCUCGGAGCCCGAUUUGCAGGCGGCAGGUGAAGCGCCGACGACGGCCGCUGUCGUUGACCAGGAGGCACCUUGCAAUUUAACUGGCGCCAGGAAGCGGAAAGCGCAUCGUGUGAUGAAGAGAGAGACAUCCAGGGACCAUGCAAUCCCAUCAGCCCCCGAGCCCCAAGUGCCGGACGCCAGCUCGAGCGAGGCCGGCACCGAAGGCGAAGAGGAGAACGGCGUCAAGUACGUGUGUCCGGUGUGCGACACCGUCUUUGACCGGCAGCACGAGUUCACCGUGCACAUUCGCAGCCACAACGAAGCCUCCUCUUCCUCGUCCAGCAGCACCAGCACACCGCUCAACCUGAACAACAACAACAACAGCAAGGCCUUCAGCUGCAGCAUCUGCGGCAAGAUGCUCAGCUCGUCCAGCUCGCUGGACAGGCACAUGUUGGUGCAUUCGGGGGAGCGGCCCUUCAAGUGCCGCAUCUGCAGCGUGUCGUUCACCACCAACGGCAACAUGCACCGCCACAUGCGCACCCACAACAACAACACGAGCAGUGUCAACAACAACCACCAUCAGCACGGCAGCAUGGACAGCGAUAGCAGUGAUAAUGACAUUGCAAUCAAAACCAGAAAGAGGAGGUCCAAUGGUGAUUUGGGCACCUUCCCCUCUCCCAAAAGAAGCAACAGCAGUGCCUCGCCUCCAGCUGCCUCCGUUCCACCCUGCACUGACAGGUGCGACAAGUGUUUCCUCACCUUUGAUUCCGAACGGGAACUCAAUCUCCACCGCUACGCUGCCCAUGGAGAUGAACCAGUGACCAUUGAAGAAACCAAAGCCCAAGUCGGUUUCAAGGACCUCAACUUUGUCGACUUUUCCACUGAGAAGUUCCCUCUGAUCGCCAAGGCGUUCUGCGAGCGCUCCGUCCACAAGGCCAGUUCAGUGUUCCAGAGGUUCCAGUGUGAAGAGUGCGGACGUGCCUUCCCGUGCGGAAGCGCCCUCAGCAUGCACGUCGCCUCGGUGCACACCGAAGCUGCCCCCAGAGACCUCACUUGUCCUCGCCGCAAGCUGCAGUACGAAGAACAAAAAGAGGACUUCUUCGCCGGACUCGACUUGCAGACCAAGAGUCCGCCGUCCACUCCGUCGCCCAACAUCAAGGUCAGGGCCAUCAGCGAACUCUCCACGACCCCCAAGAAAGAGACCUUCGAGACCAAGGAGGAACCAAAAGAACUGGACCUGGCCAAGUCUCCCUCGUCUUCGGACGAAAGUCUUCGGCAGAUGAAGCUGCGAGGAGAGUUCCCUUGCCGUCUCUGCUCGGCCGUUUUCCCCAACCUCAGGGCCCUCAAAGGUCACAACAGGGUGCACUUGGUGACUGGACCACCCUAUCUGUGCAACAUGUGCACCUACUCGAGCGGCGAUAAGGCCACUUUGGUGCGUCACUUGCGGUCCCACAACGGCGAGAGACCCUUCGAGUGUCGCCUGUGCCACUACGCCUUCACCACAAAGGCCAACUGCGAGCGGCACUUGCGCAACAGACACAACAGGACCACCAGGGAAGAGGUCCGUCGCUCCAUCAUCUGCCACUCCGAGGGCGACAUCCAGCCAGACAAGCCUCACGAGUGCGCCGCCUGCGAGCGGACUUUCCCCACCAGGGUGGCCGCCCUGAGCCACGUCGCUUGCGAGCACCCAACCCUCUCAGCGGCCGACCUGGUCAGACUAGGCGCCGACCCUGAGGAGGAGGAGGACGAGCAGGAAUUGCUGAUGUCACCAGGAAACUCUCCUAGGUGCCAAAGUCGUAACAGCAGCAUUGACGAGUCCCCAGUUCCUCCCACAUCUCAUCCCCCUAAAGUGGUGUCUCCACUUGACCUGAGCAUGGAUGCUCUUGAUCUCAGCAAGAAGGCGGCUCCUCCCGCCAGCGUUUCUCCGGCCGUCAGCACGGUUGUGAAACCACCUCCUCAGGAGCAGCCCGAGGACCUGACCAAACCGAGGGAGAUGCCAAUCAUCCCGCCUCACAUUCCCCACAUCCCCUUCUUGGGUCACACUCUGCCUGGGCCACCGUCUCAGUUCUUCCCUCCAUCCUUCAUGUCGUACUUCAGCUCACCUUUCCAGCGGCACCCCUUCCCCUUCUUGAUGCCUCCCCAUUUGUUCGGUGGCGCCCAAGCUAGCACUCCGCCGCCUCAGGUGCCUCAGGGUCCUCCAUCCUCCUUGGAUGAGGUCAAGGAGCACCUGCAGAAGGAGCUCAUUCGCAACCUGCAGCUCAACUCGGGCGGCUCCUUGGUCAUGGACGCCCUGAGGAAGCCUCCAGUGUCCGCCGCUCCCGAGCCCGUCAGACCUGUCUCGCCCAUUCAGACGCAACCGAAGCCCCCAGUCAUCGAGGCACCAGUAAAGAUGUCCGAGCCAGGCAUGAAGAUGGUCAUCAAGAACGGUGUGCUGAUGCCCAAACAGAAGCAGAGGCGCUACCGAACGGAAAGGCCCUUUGCUUGCGAGCACUGCUCAGCGCGAUUCACCCUGAGGUCAAACAUGGAACGCCACGUCAAACAGCAACACCCUCAGUUCUGGUGCCAGCGGCCUCGAGGUGGAAGAAGAUCUGCACCUACUAGUCUGACUGCAAUGAGGAGAGAUCCAACUCCCCCCGCUACACAGCUGUCUGCAGUCAAUGAUGCAGGAAAUAUGAAUGCUGACGCUCGGAUUUCAGACGAGGUGAAAUUGGCGCUUGCCCAUCAGCUGAAGAACAAGCUGAACCACAACAACGACAUGGACGAGGACGAAGCUGCUGAAGGUGACGGAGAGUACGAGGAAGAUGAGCCAGAACUGGUCAUCGAUGAACAGCCCAAGAGCAAAGACCAAGCCGACCCUGACCUUGCAAGUGUGUCUCGCCUCCUGGUCAACGCCUCCGCUCAAAGCUUCCAACAAUUCUUCCCUGGCCAAGACGACGAAGAGGAAGACGAGGAAGAAGGUUUCAUGGAAGGCGACGACAUGGACGAGGGUGUGCUUGAUGACGGCUCCAGCAGCGGAGAGGGCCAAAUCACCAGUGGCGAUGAGGGUCGCGGUGGCAGCAGGACCAGCAGCACCGCCCCAAACAGCCCUGGCAAGAAGAAGAGCGCCUACUCGACAGCGCCCAACAGGGUCACCUGUCCAUACUGCCACCGCAAGUUCCCCUGGUCCAGCUCCCUGAGGAGGCACAUCCUGACCCACACUGGGCAGAAACCCUUCAAGUGCGCCCACUGCCCACUGCUCUUCACCACCAAGUCCAACUGCGACCGCCACCUUCUGCGCAAGCACUCAAACAAGAGCAAGAACAAGGACGCCUUGGCCAACCCGACCUCUCCUCCGAGCACUCCAAUUGCGCCCCCUCCUCUUCCGCCACCCAGCAGCGAGGACGGACACCUCCACCUGAGCCGCAACGUCCCUGAAAGACCCUUCAAGUGCACCCUGUGCCCAAGUUCAACCUUCAGCACCGAACGCAACCUGCGGAAGCACAUGUCGAGCAAACACAACAACAAGCGGCCCUCCACAUCCCCGUCAACCACCAGCACCUCGGCAACCCCUCCCAGCAGCGGCAAGGAAGCGCCAAGCACCACUGACAGUGGGCGGGGUGUGACCCCUGACCCUCUGCCCCCUAGCAGCGAGAGCAGCAAUUCUCCUCCUGAGCAGCCGGUCGCAGUCACUCCGGCCAACCUGACCUGCUACAAGUGCAACCAGACCUUCUCGAGCGAGGCUCGCCUCACUGCCCACCUGGAGAGCCACUCCGACCUGCCAUUCAAGUGCCACCUCUGCGAGAACAGCUACGCCGAGCGGCAGGAGGCGCUCGAGCACAUCAAGGUGCACCACUCCUCCGAGUACGACCUCCUUGUUUCCAAGGGUGCUCUGGACCCCAACGCAGAGGACUGCACGGUCAACGCGCCGCCCAUGAACAACAACAAUGUUGACGCUGACGACGCCCUGGAAACCCUCAGGGGCAAGUUUCCUGACUAUGCCAACAGAAAGGUGAUGUGCGCCUUUUGCAUGCGUCGCUUUUGGUCUGCCGAGGAUUUGCGCCGCCACAUGCGCACCCACACCGGCGAGCGACCUUUCACUUGUGACAUCUGCUGGCGCAAGUUCACCCUGAAGCACAGCAUGCUGCGCCACCGCAAGAAGCACGCCGGCGUGUCCGGUCCAGCGGCGUCCGAAGCGCACAGUGACGAGGACAACCUCUCGACCGGCAGCAACAAGGAGAGUUUGCGACGCUGGGCCGAGCACGGUCUGGCCGUCUACGCUGGGGCCAGCAGGAUGGCCAGCCUGGCUAGUCGUCAUGAGGCGAGCGACGAAGCUGAUCUCAUUGGCAACCUGCUCGGCAUCAAAGACCGCGCCAUGAUCGACCACAUGCUGCUGUCCAAGUCAGCCGACGACGCGGCUAAGCUGCUCGGAGUUUCCAGCCAGCGGUAAAAAAACAAGCCAAAGAAAGCGUAAUUAGUUCCGGUAAAAUUUUCCGGUUGUAUAUCUGAAGGAUAAUUUAAUUUCCAUUUAAAUAACUGUAAAAAUGAUCAUCAUGGAAGAGUUCUCUAGUUUUUGUAUAAAAAAAGAGUCCGUUUCUUUCUGAAGCACUAGCAUUUUCUAGAGAGAGGCUUAAUUGUUUCUUUACCUUACAAUGAUGUUCCUCGGUUGAUUGUUUGCAGAUCGCUCUGAUCAAAUCAAGUAAUGGCUUUAUUAUUUUCUUGUAGAAAGUGUAAAAUAUUCAUAAUAUAGCAGUGGAAGUGUAUAAGUUUGUUUGUAUCUAACGAAGCUUUUCUGGCACCUACACCUAAUAUGCCUUAACGACGGAAAAUGGAGACAGGGUAUAGUCACCUGUAAAUAUACUUAUCUGACGUUUGUCGAAUAUAUCCUUGUCUCUGAAGUAGUUUGUUAAAAAAAAAUCGUUUGUGAAAACACACGUCUUUCUAGUUAGUUUGAAAAUCACUGCACCAGCAGAAGAAGUGCCUUUUUCAAGUGCACUUCUUCACUGAUAGGGGAAAUAUAGUUACCAGUAUAUAAUUGUUAACGGAACGCACUGCUCCAAAAAUUGGCCAGCAGUUAAUUUUAAGACCAUUGUUAGUCAUUGAGAGUUUCCACACAAAUACACACACCAUUUUAAUUACUAAUUGUAUAGAGAGCACUGCUUUUCACCUGAGAUGGAUAAUCAAAUUAAGCACCUCAUUUUUAAGUAAUCUCAAACCAAAAUAAAAAAGGAAAACAAGGUGUCAAUUUUACCAAUCAUACGCCUGCAUUCUUUGCCAUCAACAAAUUUAGCGUGCUUAAGAAUUUAAGCAUAAAUUAACAUGUAAUCUCCCUUUAAAGUUAGUGUUUAAUUGAUUGAUGAAAAAAUUACACUUGGAGCUACCACUCUUAAAACUUUGAAAGCAUUAUUAUGUGUGAUAUAAAUAAAUUAUUAUUAAAUCAAUACACUCCAAAAAGGUUGAUGUAGGCAUAAUUUCUUGUCAUUUUGUUGUUAGAUAAUUAACAUUUUCUGUUACUUAUAUUAUCAGGGAUUUGAUAUCAAAUGCAUUGAAUCAACAUAAUUUAUUUUAUUUUGUGUGUAAGAUAGUUAUUACAGCAAUUUGCAUUCCAUCUCUCGGAGGAAACAAAACAUAUUUCAUUGUCUAAUUGUAAGGAAACGAGCGGCAGAAAAAUUUGGAGCUCUGCAAUCAUUCCAUUAAUUUUCUUUGUCACACACUUUGGUGUUUAUGAACUACGAGAUGCACCGAGUUUUUGACCUUUCAUUAUUAUUAUUAUUAUAUAGACGUCUCACGAGUUUGAACCAGUUUUGAUGCACUGAUAUACUAUGAUAGGUACUUAAAUUUUAUUGUCUCACCAAAGGGAUACCUUGCAAUGUGAAAAUUAAUCUGCGGAAAUAAAAAUUGAAACUGAGAAAUGUACACACGAGCAAUCAAUAUCUUUGUAUAGGAGUAGCUGACGUUUGAUCGAUCAAUUUUGUUUUGAAAUGUGAAAAUAUACAGGUACGGCUUUUCACAGUGGAAGCAAAAUUGAAAUGUGUAUGACAUGCAUACAAUCUAUAUUGUUCCUUAUUUUAAAGAAUGGAAUAAAACAUGAUGAAUUUUCCCAAU